AAUAAUUCAAUUGAUCAGAUCUAUUCCUACCAAGGACAAUUGUUUACUACUAACCUAGUUACUUUAUUGUUUAUACUCUACCCAUUAUCAAUCAUCAAUAACAGGAGGAAGAUGACAUUGUUUCCCACGGUCUGGAAUCUGGAACAACCUGUUCUCCUGUCCAUUCUCCUGCGCAUGCGCCAAGAGAGCACCAGAUGGCCCAAUCAGCUAUUUUACCCCCACACGCCAAAAAAUCUGAGAGUGAUUUCUAGAAGAUGGCGACCGCUCUGGUGGUGUCAACCUCAGUCCCUACUAAUCCUGAAAAGGAAAAAUGUGUAACAACCAUUCCAAAGGUGUUGAGUCCUGAAUCCUAUAUCAAGCAUCCAUUACAAAACAAGUGGGCUCUUUGGUUUUUCAAGAAUGACAAAAGCAAAACAUGGCGAGCCAACCUGCGUCUCAUCUCAAAAUUCGACACUGUGGAAGACUUCUGGGCAUUAUACAACCACAUUCAGCUAUCAAGUAAUUUGAUGUCCGGCUGUGACUACUCGCUGUUUAAGGAUGGGAUUGAGCCCAUGUGGGAGGAUGCACGGAAUCGACGAGGUGGCCGCUGGCUGAUAACUCUGUCCAAGCAGCAGCGUAGAGCAGACCUGGAUCGGUUCUGGUUGGAGACGCUUUUGUGUCUUGUGGGCGAAGCUUUUGGUGACUACAGUGAUGACGUGUGCGGAGCCGUGAUCAACGUGCGAGCCAAAGGAGAUAAAAUAGCAAUAUGGACCACGGACUACGAAAACAAAGAUGCCAUCACACAAAUAGGGCGUGUGUACAAAGACAGAUUAGGCGUCCCACCAAAAGUGAUCAUCGGAUACCAGUCACAUGCAGACACGGCCACAAAGAGCGGCUCCACAACCAAGAACAAGUUUGUUGCCUGAACACCGGAAUCACCCACCAUGCCUUUUUCUGUUCUGUAAUGUUUCCAUGAAUGUAACUGACAUGUUUACCCACUAACAAACAUUUGAAGAAGAGAUAAAGCUGUUUCCUUUCUGUUUGUUUCUAUUUGUUGCCUCUUCACCAAAGCUUUUGUUUACAGUGAGAGGAUGUGCAGCUGAAAUGUAGCACUGUUGUCUGAACUUUAUUUUGUGUGUUGGUGGGCUGAAGAUGAGCAAAAGAUGUUUUGAUGCCCAUAUCUCAGUUUCAAAUGGCAGCUGCAUAUUGUUGGAGAAUUUGUUGUUCUUUAUCCUUCACUUAAGUGUUUGUCAGUUAUUUUCUUAAAGUACUUAAAGUAAAACAUUUUCGACUUGGGUAUCAGCUGUAGCUCUUUGUUAGUCCUGUAAUGUGACACAGUCAGUUUACAAUAUAAAUGUGUUGAUUUAUUGCACUUUUAGUUGCACAUUGGAGUUUUUAACCAUACAUUGCAACUCAACGCACAUCUUCUGAACAUGAACAGCACUAACAGGUGGAUUAAAAAACUUGAAUUCAG